CCGAUGGCGUCGACGCCCGCGGUGCGCGUCGCGCGCGCCGCGAUCGUCGAUCGCGCGACGAUGGCGUCGACGUCGACGUCGACGUCGACGACGCGCGCGGCGCGCGCGCGACGCGGGACGACGGCGCGCGCGGCGCGCGACCGACGCGCGACGACGCAUCCGCACGACGAUCAUCAUCGCGCGCGAGAAUCGGCGCACGCGCACGCGCGGGAGAAGCGCGAGGACGAACGCGCGACGCUGGUCGCGCGAUCGAUGGCGCGGGACGACGAACGGGCGGUCGGCGCGGUGCGGUGGGCGCGCGCGCGGUCGAGGAAGGGGCGAUGGCGAUUGGACGAGGACGGGAUCGCGGGACGCGCCAGGUUGUUGGGCGAACGCUCGAGCGGACGAGGACGAACGACGGAACCGAGGGCGAGCGGAGGGCAGUUCGCGCCGCCGGGAGACGUGGUGACGAAAAGCGUCGAGACGCUGGACGUCGAUGGGGAGGUGAUGGGAGACGCGAACGUGAUGGAGGCGAUGGCGGCGACGGCGACGGCGAGAUACGCGGAGACGCUGUUGAGGCAGAAUCGAAGUCACGCCAUCGAGAGCACGUUUUUGGAUGAUUUCGUGGACGUGACGUGCGAUAUCGACGAUGCAGAAUGCGCGGAGAAGCAGUACACGAAGCGCGAGGAGCUUUGGAGGGCGUGGAAUAAGGCGAACGAUGGGGUGAGUAAACGAACGCGAGGGUUGGUUUUGUUCGCGUUUCUCAUGGCGGGUUUCGGGGCGAACAUCACGUUGAUUAAAAUCGCGCAACAGGACUUGUCCACCGACUUGUUCGCCGCCUUGAGAUUCACCGCGGGGUCGUUGGUGUUCGCACCGUUCUUAAAGUCCGCGCUCAAGGACGAUCGAAUCGUUCGAGGCGGGUUCGAACUCGGGUUGUGGGUGUCGCUGGGAUAUUAUUUGCAAAACCUCGGCGUCGAGCUCACGGACGCGGCUAGAGCGAGUUUCAUCAGCUCUUUCACCAUCAUCGCCGUCCCAAUCAUCGCUGGGUUAUCUGGUCGGUCGGUUCGCUCGCAAACGUGGAUCGCGACCGCGAUCGCGGUCGCGGGUUUGGCCAUGAUGGAGGACCUCGUCUCCGUCCCCGGCCUCGUCGACGCGACGACGGCUACAGCCGUCGCCGACGUCGUCGCGGGCGACGCCCCGGCCUCGCUUCGUGGCGACCUGUACACUUUAGGGUCGGCGUUUAUCUUCGGUGUACACAUUUUCCGCACUGAUUGCAUCUUCAACGGGGUGUAUUUGAAGCACAAAGAGUCCAUGGGUUUGGUGUGCAUUCAGAUGCUCACCGUCGUCACCGUCUUCUUCGGGUUGUUGGCUCGAGACUACCUCAACUGCGAUUGCGACUUGGGAGCCAUCUUAGGCGUGAAUUCCAUCGCAGAGAUCCCUUGGGGUUUGAUCGGUUUCGUCGGCGUCGUCACCACCGCCGGUUGUGUUUACCUCGAGACCGUCGCUCUGACGUUGCUCGCGAGUCAAGAGGCGACUCUCAUGUAUUCCACCGAACCCGUGUGGGGCGCGCUAUUCGCGUACAUGCUUCUCGGUGAGACCCUGUCGCCAUCCGCCGCCGCGGGCGCGGGAUUAAUAUUAGCCAGCACGCUCGUGGGAUCUAUCUCCUCGGGCGGUUCUGGAGGCGGAGACGAAGGCGCGGAGUCGCCGGAGUCGCCGCGAGCAGACGCUCGAUGAAGACGCCGAGAUUUCUCGGCGCUGCCCCGCCGCGCCGCUUAGCGCACGCUCAUUAGUCAAGAAAACGGGCGCGGCGAGGGCACAUUUUUGUUCGAUAGAAGA